GGUAUCUCAAGGGAUAACUGGCACAAGCGCCGCAAGACCGGAGGCAAAAGGAAGCCGUACCACAAGAAGAGGAAGUAUGAGCUGGGCCGCCCCGCCGCCAACACCAAGAUCGGCCCGCGCCGUAUCCACACCGUGAGAGUCCGGGGAGGAAAUAAGAAGUACCGCGCUCUGAGGUUGGACGCCGGAAACUUCUCCUGGGGAUCCGAGUGCUGCACCCGGAAGACCAGAAUCAUUGACGUGGUGUACAACGCAUCGAACAACGAGCUGGUCAGAACCAAGACUCUGGUGAAGAACUGCAUCGUCCUGAUCGACAGCACCCCCUACAGACAGUGGUACGAGGCGCACUACGCCACACCGCUCGGGCGCAAGAAGACUCCCGAAGAGGAAGAAAUCCUCAACAAGAAAAGAUCGAAGAAAACCCAGAAAAAAUAUGACGAUCGCAAAAAGACGGCAAAGAUCAGCCCUCUGCUGGAGGAACAAUUCCAACAGGGCAAACUGCUUGCAUGCAUCGCCUCUAGGCCGGGUCAGUGUGGCCGAGCUGACGGAUAUCUCCUGGAAGGCAAAGAGUUGGAGUUCUACCUGAGGAAAAUCAAAGCCAAGAAGGGCAAAUAA